AUGUUUAUGAAUUUCAUUAAAGAAGCCAUUUGUGAUAAUAACGAUGAAGUGUAUAAAUACCUUCUCGGCUGGAUUGCAGCAAUGAUUCAACAUCCUGGAAUCAAGAAUGAAACAGCAAUUAUUUUGAAAGGACUUCAGGGAACAGGUAAAAACAGAUUUACAGAUAUUAUUUCUGAACUUCUCGCAGGUUAUUCAUGUAAAAACAUUACCGAAAUAGGUGAGCUAACGGGUAAUUUCAACUCAGUAGUUGAAAAUAAAAUGUUUCUUGUACUUAAUGAACUCAAGAAUGUAGGUGAAGACAGACUCGCAAACUUCAACGCUUUGAAAUCAAUUAUUACGGAUAAUGAGAUUAGAAUUAAUGAAAAGAAUCAACCCAGAAGAACUGCUCAGAAUGUUGCAAACUUCAUUUUCGUAACUAACAACGUCUACCCUGUCAAAAUUGAAGUUGGAGACAGAAGAUACGUAGUUUUAAGAG